CACCCAGUUACAAAUCAAAUUUUCCGCUACUCAGACGCAUCUUUAACGUGUUGUUUGGAAUAAUAUUGACCAACGAAUAGUUUAUUUUUUUGUGGGUAAAGCUGUAAAAUGUGAAUAUAAUGUGCAAUAAUGUGUGAAAAAUUUUAAAUUGCGAUGAAAAGAAAUAAAACGGAUCAGGACAAUUGUGGAUAAAUAAAAAAACAAUUUUUGCAGUUUUUGUUGUUUGCACGCGACAAACAUGAAAUGAGGAUUAAAAUGAAGUGACAAAAGCCGACAGAAAAAUGUGUACAGAAUGUUGAAUUUAUUUAUGGGCACAUUCAAAGGAUUACCAGAGAAAAAAAAACAUACAGAAUAACACCACACAAAAUACAACAUCACAUAUAGUGGAAAUAAAAUAGAAUAAAAACAGUAGAAAUACCAGGAUUAUACAAUAUUUAACUAAAGUGAAUUCUCGCAAAACAGGAAGAGAAAAAAAUGAUAUAAAAUAAAAUUGUGAGCAACGAAUGAGAAAGAAAAAAAAAAUAAUGAAAAUGUUUGUGUAUGUCGGCAAAAUAUGUGUGUGAGGAGAUUAAAAACAAGUUUAUGUAAUGGCAGUGAUAUGAGGAGAAAGAAUUGAAAUUAAAACUAAAAAGUUGAGUUAAAUUGUGUAUGGAAGCUUAAACAACAUCGUCGUCAACGACAUCAAAAACAGAAAAAAAAAGUACGAAAGAAAAGUUUGUGAACAUAACCAUACCGACAUACCAUAUAAAUAUACACAUACUACAUACAAUUUAAGCUUUUUGCUGAAAUGCUACAUGAAAUUGAGUGUUUUUUGUGGUAAUUUUACAUGAAAUUCAAAGUAAGGCAUAAAUGCUGAACUGUGGGAUUUGAUACUGAAAAACAGUAAUGUUGGAAAUACGGAUUUUAGUCUUUUGGCUUCCUUCAAUAUUACUAGCUAUGAACACAGAUAAUAAAUCACUGAAUAACACAGACUCGAACAAUAUUAAGCCAAAGGUAUGGGUUGAGACAGACCAUCAUCGAACAGAGAAUGCUAUAGACGUCAGCGAUAAUUUCAUUCUGGACGGUAAUAAUGAGAUGAUGUCUUACAAUACAUCGGUCCAGCUUGGUGGAACAGCUUUUCUCGUCUGUAAAGUGGCGCCGGACAUUGAAUCUAAUCAAGUUACAUGGGUAAGACGCAGAGAUUGGCAUAUUUUAUCAUCUGGUGAUAGUCUGUAUACGAAUGAUGCGCGAUUUGUCGCAACUUAUGAGCCUAAACAAAGUACAUAUACAUUACAAAUCAAAUUUGUACAAAAACGGGACCAUGGAAUCUACCAGUGUACUGUUUCAACAUCGACGGGCGUUGUUUCGCAUCAAGCGAGCUUACAGGUAGUUGUACCAGAAGCAUUCAUUCUAGGCUCGGGAGAGCUUCAUGUAGAUAUGGGAUCUGUAUUAAAUUUAGUCUGUAUAAUUGAAAAGAGUCCAAUACCACCGCAAUACGUAUAUUGGCAAAGAAAUAAUCACAUGAUAAAUUACGAUGACUCGAGGCGUGAUAUAUCAAUAGAAACAACACCGGGACAGCCGCGAACGCAAAGUCGUUUGAUUGUACGUGAGCCGCAAAUAGCUGAUAGUGGAAAUUAUACUUGUAGUGCGCCCAAUACUGAGCCAGCAAGCAUUUAUGUUUUCGUGUCUAAAGGUGACAAUACCGCUGCAAUAUCACGAAGAAACACAUCCUCUGAAUUUAGAUGUACCUUUCACUAUGUUCUUUGUAUUAGUUUAGGAUCGUAUCUUCUAUCAAAAAGAUAUGUGUGAAAGGCAGUUACAAUAAAUUGUUUGCUCUGUCCUCACGUUCUACUGAUUUAGUUUAUCCGUCUCUCGCACUCUCCACAUUUUCUCAUCAGUUCAACGCAGUCAAACUUUCUUUAUUUCUAAAUCUUCAGAAAAAUGUAAUAAGGGAAAAAAUAGAAGCAAGUUGGAAAGGAAAGAAAAUGAGUUGUAAGUUCUACAUACUUUUAUACGGCACACAGAGGCAUCAAUCAAAAAGGCAUAAUAAGAUAUAUUAGAUAUAAAUUCUCUCUCGCUCACUUUUGCCUCCUUUGAGUAAUUGGCUUUCAUGGUUUCAUCAGUAAAUCACAUAGAAUUGAAUGAACAAGAUAAAAGCAGAAAGGAAGAGAACAAACUUUAACUAACUUGAAUCUAUAUGUUUUUCCGCUAUUCAUAAUCUUCUUUUGCGUUGCUGCUGCCACAAUUGAUGCUAGUCAAACUGACAGUAAAAAAGAAGUCUCAUUAUACUCAUGGCAAGCAUGACAAAUAUCCCUGAUAAUAAGUUGCAAAAGUUUGCACAAUUGGAUGAUUACAACGACGAAUUAGUAAAAAAUUGUGUAGGAAGUGACAUUCAUAAAACAUAUCAUAAGAUUCUUUAGUUGUGCAUUUAAAAUAAAUCCUCUUAUUAGUGAAAUCUAAAAAAAUUUGUACAUGUAGUAAUCAGAUGGAUAAGUCAAAGUCAAUGGAUAUGAACACUACUUCCAUAAAAAUGUGCUAAAGCUUUUCCUUCUAGAUUGCUUUGGAAAAUUUACUCUGAACAAAAAAGCAAUAAGUAUCAUGUUCUAUGAAAAAGCAGGGAAAAAAUGAAGAAGAUAGUUUAUAAGAUGUAGAAGCAUAGGAAUUGCUAUACACAUGACAUCAUAAGCAAGAAGUGUGAUAAGAUACGAUAAAAAGCAUGGAAUUUCUCAAUUCAUAUUUCAUUUCGCUCUUCAUCUUUCUAAAUUUUUUUCCCAUAAGAAGUACAUGCAUACUUUAGAAAAGUAAAUGUAAUUUAUUAUAAAUCUAAUGAAUCUUCGCUCAUUCAUAAUCAUUUCAAAUUGCAUACUAGAUGUAAGAUGUAUGAUGAAUAUGGAUAGAUAAAAUAAUUUCUUAUAAUAAAAUUUCAUCGUUUAGUUUAUUGCAUAAGAUUCUCAUCGUACAUUAAAGAAAGGAAUUUUAUAUUUUAAAGCAGCAGUUUACGUUAAUCUACAGGAUCUGAUAACAAGUAUGCACAAUGAAUACAAAAUUUUAUAUCUUCUAAUUUGACAAGCAGAAAUCCACUCAACAAGACAUAAAUUUGAAAUUUUUCUUUCGCUCUAAAAUGUUUGUAUUUGAUAUGCGAAAAUCAACAAAAAAAGAGAGGAACAGAAAGGAAAUGGCAGCAACAGCAGAAGCAAAUGAUUGUGAAGAAACCAAAUUAUUUUUUUUGUCUUUGUUUUCCUGACUCGUCUCUUAAACAUUUUUUUUUCAGUGCUUGGGGGUUCUCAAUUCUAAAACUGCGAGUUUGAGCUUAGAUUUUUUAAUCUUUUGAGAUCUUAAGGUCAAAUCUCUGUUCUUAGAAAUUACAAGUAGGUGCUAAAAUCACGGGGCUUCAAGGCACUCAAGAAUUGUUUAAGAUUUUCAGAAACAAAAUAAUUAUUCAAUCUGAGGACCUCCCAGUGUUUUUCAUUUGAUACGACAUGCAAGCAAAUCCAGAAAUGAACUUGAUAUGUGUCAGCAUUGUCAGCUUGUUGGCAUAAAAAUAAUUUAGAGUAAAGACAAAAAGAUACUUGUGCAACAGCUUUAAGUUCCUUCUUCUGUCUUAAAAAAAAGUUUAAACAAUACCCGUGCUGAUGUUAGCGUGUCCACUGUUAGCAAAAUUUUAACCUCUUUUUUUGCUUAUUGCGGCAUCUUUAAACAACAGUCGAGUUGAUUUAGAAUUUCAAAUAUUUAUCAUCAUAGGCAAAAAAAAGGAGAGUGAAAGAGCUUAUGUGGCAUUAGCAUCAUAUAAUAUAUUGCAUCAAAAGCAACAGAAUAUUUUUAAUUUUUCUAUGAAAUAAAAUUCUCAUGCCUGUCUACGCCGUCAUCAUCAACAUCAUCUCUUCUCUUUUCUCUGCAUAUUUGCGCUUCAUACUAGUUCAUACUAUCUAUGAUAAAUAUGAAAGCAUUUUUUUUAUUAUUUU